AUGAACGGUUACUUUAGAUAGAAGCAGAAGUAUAAUAUAAAUAUUAAUAUUUUAGGAAAGCACAGUUCCAGAUUAUAAAUUAAUAUUUAAAUCUACUUCAGUAAUUAUACCAGCACACUAUUUUGCAAUAAAUUCUGUUGUGAUAACUCCUGAUUGUAAUAAGGUGAUAAAAGUAAGUAGUGAAGGUUAAUUAAAAAUUUGGGAUACUUCUACUCAUACAGAAAUAUGUUAGAUAAGCGAUAAUUUCGACUAUGCUUUUUGUGUUGAUGUUUCAGAUGAUGGUUAAUGUAUUGCUUCUCGUGGUUCAAAUGAUUAGAUUAUUAGAAUUUGGAAUAUUAACGAUACAUUAGAGCCAGUAUUCAGAUUCAAAUAUCAUACAAAGAUAGUUUAAAGAAUCAGAUUUGUACCAUAAUCUUAAUAAUUGGUAUCUAUUAGUUAAGAUCAUUAAGUGGUUAUUUGGCAUGAUACUAAACCUAAUCCAUCACGCAUAUUAAAACAUCACAAAAGUUCUGUUAAAGGAUUAGCUAUUUAUAAAAAUUGUAAAUUUAUGGCUACAUCUGCUUUAGAUAAAUAACUUAUUAUUUGGAAUAUCUAAAAUAAUUUUUCAUUGGUCCACUAAGUAUGA